UAAAUGGUUUCUGUUGGUUCUGACAUGACCAUGAAUAAUUCCACAAAUUUAACCUGUGAUGUGUACAUGCACCAUGAGACAGCAAAAGUCAUGUUUUCUUUCUUCUACAUCGUUAUUCUCAUAGUUGGGUUAACAGGAAACAUUUUAGCCCUGCACAUAACGUUCCAAAAACAUCAAAAGAUCAAUUCAACCACGCUGUAUUUAAUCCACCUAGCUAUCUCAGAUGCCCUCUUCACUCUUGCGCUACCAACUCGAAUAAUCUAUACUGUCCGAGGAUUUGACUGGCCAUUCAGUGAAGCAUUGUGCAGAAUUUGUGCAGUCAUUUUCUACAUAAACACUUACGUCAGCAUUCAGUUCAUGACCUGUCUUAGUGUUGACCGAUACAUUGCAGUGGUACAUCCGCUUCGAUUUGCCAAGUUUCGGAAAGUACAUAAUGUUAGAUAUAUCUGCGGUGCAGUGUGGUUCUUUGUUUUCAUCCAGACAGCGCCAUUGCUGUUUGUAACAAUGACGAAGAACAAUAACGGUUUGGUGACUUGCAUGGAAUACCCUAACAUUGAGACAAAUAAGAACUUGCCCAAACUACUUCUCCUUGCCUGCUUUUUAGGAUAUUGCUUCCCAGUCAUAGUCAUACUCUUCUGCUACUCACGAGUCAACGUGAAACUUUGCAGGACGGCAAAGGAAAACCCAUUAACUGAAAAGCUUGGUCGGAACAAAAGGGCUAUCACAGUUAUUUUGCUUGUUCUGCUGGCGUUUCUGAUAUGCUUCACUCCAUACCAUAUCUCCAUUAUGCAGUACAUGAUCCGAAAGCUCAUCUCCCAACAGAGCUGUUGGCAACAGCAGGUCUUCAAGGUGAGCCUGCAAAUCUCUGUCUGCUUCAUGAACCUCAACUGCUGCAUCGAUCCACUUAUCUAUUUCUUUGCGUUUAAGGGCUAUAAGAGAAAGAUUUUGGGUAUAAUAAGACGUCACAUCACAUUGGCUGUCUCCACAAAGAGUAACUCUGAAAACAACAGCACUCCUGCCACUAUGAGUCAAGUCCAAGGGUCUGGAUCAGGAUUUGCUAAUUGCAAUUGA